UGGAAAUGGCCAUGUCAAGUACCGAGACUGAAGGCCAAGGGAGCUGGAAACUGCCCUCCAAGCUCCAAACAAUCUCACAAGACCAACCCAUGGGGGGGCGCAUCGCGCGUCUCUCUCAAGAUCAGGAUGUGUUAUGGCGCGGCCGUAUCUACCCUACGGUCGUACGCAUCGGACCUCUGCAACAGCGCGGUCCGAUCCAGCUUCCUCAGUGGACUUCCCCUCUGCUGGAAAGAAGGACGACAGUGGAAGGUAAGAUUGAGCUCCCUCUGCCUGAAAGAAGGACAGCAGGGGAAGCAAAGAUUGAGCUCCCUCUGCCUGAGCUCGGCGGCGGCGUCCCUCUGCUGACUGAGCUCAUGAUGCCUACAUUCACGACGAACGUGGAGAAGACCAAACUGGAGUUCCUCCGCAGAUUGAUUCUUCGAGGCCACGCCGUCGGCAGAGAGACUGCAGUGGUGGUUCAGUACUUGAACCACAUCCAGGGGAUGAUUAGUUGCAUCAUCCAGUGCUACGAAUCACUGGAGAAGUACAACUUUACUCGCGAAGAUCUUGUUGAAAUGAUGGUGCUCGACGGUUGCUUCAUCAUCGAGGCGAUCGUCAAUUACUGGAUAAGCAAGAAAGAGGAUGAGUUGCCGCUCGCCAACGAGUCGGUCAGGUAUGACUUGCUUCUAGUCGAGAACCAAAUCCCCUUCUUCGUCCUCGAGGAGCUGUUCCGCAUUACCGCCGUACCCGAGUUCGGGACCAAAGACGAAGGCCGAGCGCUCGUCAGAAACCUAGCGGUGUUUUACCUCACCAUGGGAGAAAUACAGGAAGUGCCGGCUGGCUACAACGGACCCGUCUAUCAUCUAGUCCAUUUACUACACAUAUGCCUUCGCCCGCUGCCACCACCGACCGCUUCUCGGCGGUCGCCGCCGCCUUUAGUUGGCAAGCUAAGAAAGAUGGAGCUCCUAUGGAGGCUACUGAACGCGAGCUCCUCGAACUCGCCCGUGGACUGGGUGCUAUGGAAACUGAUGCCCCCGGCUCGAGAGCUCAGCAGGCUCGGGGUGAGGUUCAAGCCAAAGACGACGCCCCAUCUCGCCGACAUUACGUUCGACGACAAAAAUGGCGUGUUAGAGUUCCCGCGAUUUCCUCGUAACGGGCUCGCCAUUUACACGGUGAACAAUCUAGUGGCGAUGGAGAUAGGCGACGGUUGGGAACCGACGGAGCGGCUCUUCUGCAGCUACGCGAUGUUUAUGAGCGAGCUCAUCGGCGGGCGGGAGGACGCAACGGUGCUCAUCGACGCGGGGAUUCUCAAAAUUCGCGCCGAGGAUUGGCUUGUGGCGGCAACAUAUUUUGGGAGGCUCGCCCCGCUUAACGUGGGCGGCGGCUAUCAGCACCACUUCAGAACGCUGGUCCGCGCCGUGAACGCAUACUGUAUGCAGGCCAGCAAGGUCAUGCGAGUGAUGGGCUUCCGCUAGGCGCACGUUUAUUUGAUUAAACAUGUUAACGUUGAUCUUUCUUGUUUAUUAAUAAUUAUUUUAAUGCCGUGUGCGAAAAAU